UGCUGGGGGCAGGCAGCGAAAGAUGACGUUCAUAUUUGUAUUAGCGUCGGAAGCCUAUCAACCUAACUUAGGUACACGUCGAUUGUUCCAUGUACCUAUGGAAUAGAAGCAAACAAAAGCCAUCUGUUUGUAUCCAUUGAUUCUCAGUCUAUUCUUUCUGGCUUUUGGUGGAUAACUUACUUCAGAAUUCAGAAUAACCGACACCAUUUAUUAUCAAAGCACCACUAACCACAUAACCCACCUUCUAGCAUCCCAUAAGUAUCGAUAUCUUAUUGCACCUCUUGGGCCUCACGCACAACAUCACCAUCAACAUGACGCAGUCAGAUUUGGACUUGCUGCUGGACAUGGGUUUUGACAAGUCACGUGCUGAGUUAGCAAUCAAAAGGACUGGCGGACUUCAAGGUGCUCUCGAGUGGCUCGAGAAGAACCAGGACACCUCUCUGGAGGAUCUCCAAGAUGACGCUGACGAGGAGGCCCAAGGCGGACCCAACAUCGCCCCUGUCAACGAUGGCCAGUCAGCAAAUUCGCUAGUCUGCAACGAGUGUGGGAAGAAGUUCAGAAACAGCGACUCCGCCACUUUCCAUGCUACAAAAUCGGGCCACACCGACUUCUCCGAGUCGACAGAGGCCAUCGCCCACUUGACUGAGGAGCAGAAGAAGGAGAGACUGGCAGAGCUCCGUGAGCAGCUCAAGGCCAAGAAGGCGGCUCAGUCGGAGGCGGACAAGGAGGACGCCAAGCGCAACGAAAAGAUCCGUCAAAAGGCCACCAGGGAGACUCAGGACCUGAAAGAGGAGAUUGCGCGUAAGGAGCAGAUCAAGGAGGCUGCCAAGAAGCGUCAAGAGAAGCUUGACGACCUCGAAGCCAAAAGACGCAUCAAGGCCAAGAUCGAGGCGGAUAAGGCAGAGCGCAAGCGCAAGGCGGACGAGGCCAAGGCUGCCCGGGAUGGCACGACAGUCGCUUCAUCCUCGGCAUCCCCCGCCCCCGCCUCCUCUGCACCUGCAGCUCCCAAACCCUCUGUGUCUCACAAUGAUGCCAGGCUGCGUCUUCAACUGCCUGUAGGAGGCAACGUGCAGAAGACUUAUCCUGCGGAGACCACACUGUUCGAGGUUGCGCAGGCGAUUGAGGCAGAACACGGUAUCUCGGUGGAUAACUUCAGCUUGACAUUCCCCCGCAAAACCUUUUCCGGGAGUGAAGACUUUAGCAAGACUCUCCGAGAGGCUGGUUUAGUUCCUAGUGCUGUCUUGAUCGUAAAGUCUGCAUAGACUUUCAGAUGAUGGGUCGGGAACUGGACUGCCGGAGGCUUUAACCAGGGAUCUUGAGAUAUUCGCACACGUCAAGGAAGCGAAUGGACGAGGCUAGAAGUCUAUUGAGGAAUUCCCAGCACGUGUUUUUGUCCUCCAAGAUGGCCAGAAUCCAUGUCGGCUUCCCCACACCGGCGUACUGGAACUGCAUCUGGUUGUGCACAUGAUGUUAAGGCUUGGGUAGGCAAGCAUCUAUCUAGAUACCUUUAACCAGCAUUUUGAUACAAUGGUGGGACAGGGAAGGCACUCCCAGAUUAAAUGCGCGGCCGCGGGGGUCAUAUCAUCACUGGAAGACUCAGUGCCGGUAAGGGAUGUACCCCUCAGUGUGACCGAGACACGCAGAGAUCAACAUGGUCUACAGCGGUAAUCAUGGCGGGGCGAGGUAGAGUAAUUUGAAGUUCAUCAAUAUUGCAGGCAAAAGCUUGCACGCAUCCCAAUUUUUGAUCUAAGACGCCAGUAGUCCCAAGAGAGAGCUCCGA